UUCUAUAAAAAAGAAGAUAAACAUAACCAACAAAAUGUCAAAAUAUAAUUUUUAUAGUUUGGGAUAGGGGAUAUUUAAAUUUAAAAUAUAUUUCUGAAUGAAAAUGCAGGAUUCUAUUGUAGAAAAGUUCAAACUAGAAGCCCCUGAGAAAGAAGCAAUUUUAGCGUUAUAUCCAUAUUUAGAAAUUUGUGAAAUAAAAAAAUAUUACAAUGUGAACUAUUUUUUCAAUAAAGAACUGAAUAAGAUAGUUAUAACUGGAAAUAAAACAAAAAAGAGCCCGCCUUCCAUGUUUGUACCCGUAGCUGUAUACGAAAAAUUAAAUUUCGUAAAGCUACAGUCUUUUAUAGGAACUUGGACAGGGUUAGUGUAUGUAGCCAUUGUACAUCCAGACUCGACUUGUGUAUAUUACCAAAUAGCUAAUGGAUUAGUGGAGCCAAAGCCAGGUGAUCCGUCCUCAAAACGCAGAAUGGAAAGGAUAAAAAGAAAAGUCAAUAGGGAAUUAAGAACACAUUGUUCAUUGAAUGAAGAAAGCGUGCAAGAUCCAGACUUCUUUAAGAUAGAAAUAAGUGAUGGAGACUCGGAUAGUAGUGAAUAGAUUUUUAUAAACUUUGGAUUAAAAAUGUAAAUAAUGAAUUUUUCUAUUAAAAUAGUAAAAACGUCAUCUGCGA